AUUGGAAGCGAGACCAAUUAGGAAGCUGUUACUUCCAGGUUUUCUAGAUGCCUUCUUGAGCCUGCUUGUGGCCACCCACAGACACUUGUAAGGAGGAAAGAAGUCAGCCUGGAAGAGAAAAUCUCAAAUAAGGGAUUAGAGACCAGAAUCUAAGGAGCAACUGCUACAUCCAGAAGACAAGGUAAAAGGCCCUGAAGAUACUUCUACUCAGAGGUCUGCCAUGGCCUCUCUUGGUGUGCAACUUGUGGGCUACAUCCUAGGCCUUCUGGGACUUUUGGGCACAUUGGUUGCCAUGCUGCUCCCCAGUUGGCGAAUAAGUUCUUAUGUUGGUGCCAGCAUCGUAACAGCAGUCGGCUUCUCCAAGGGCCUUUGGAUGGAAUGUGCCACACACAGCACAGGCAUCACUCAGUGUGACAUCUACAGUACCCUUCUAGGCCUGCCCGCUGACAUCCAGGCUGCCCAGGCCAUGAUGGUCACAUCCAGUGCAUUCUCUUCACUGGCCUGCAUGAUCUCUGUAGUGGGGAUGAGAUGCACAGUGUUCUGCAAGGAAUCUCAAGCCAAAGACAGAGUCGCAGUGGUGGGUGGAGUUUUCUUCAUCCUUGGAGGCCUCCUGGGCUUCAUCCCUGUUGCCUGGAAUCUUCAUGGGAUCCUGCGAGACUUCUACUCACCAUUGGUGCCUGACAGCAUGAAAUACGAAAUUGGAGAGGCUCUUUACUUGGGCAUUAUUUCUUCCCUGUUCUCUCUGGUAGCUGGAAUCAUCCUCUGCUUUUCCUGCUCAACCCGGGGAAAUCGCACCAACUACUAUGAUGGUUAUCAGGCACAGCCUCUUGCCACCAGGAGCUCUCCAAGGCCUGGUCAACAACCCAAAGCCAAGAGUGAGUUCAACUCCUACAGCCUGACAGGGUAUGUGUGAAGAAACAGGGGCCAGUGCUGGGGAGGGGUGUGGCUGGGUCUGUGAAAACCAGUGGACAGCACCUCCAGGGCCACAGGUGAGGGACAUUGCCUACUGGAUCAUGUCAGAAGGUGUUGCUGAGAAUAGACUGACUAUGGCCAUUGGAUCCAGUGAAGGCAGACAUGGGAGCUGGGAUGACAGUUUCCAGGUUGAAUUGUCAAGGAUAUUGGCUGAACCAGUCUUUCUAUUCCCCUCACCUUGCCCCCAUGCCCUGAGUCUUUAACUUUAACCCCCAGAUCUUACCUUCCAACUUUGGCCAGGCCGCAGAGGCUCCCUCGUCUCCUUUUGUGUACCUCAAAAUCCACUCACAAACCCACUAGUCACAUCUCAUUGACUGACCUUUUCUAUGAUCAAAGACUUUCCCUCUGGCUGAAGUUGGCUCUUAGCUCAUUGCUGGAGGACAGGGAGAAGAAACAGUGGUGGCUUUUAUGAUCGUGAUUCUGAGCUCUUUCUUAAGCCUCCCUCCAAAGAAAUGGAUCGGCCACUAAUAGGCCCAGGAAUCUUCCUUCCACUCUUGUUUUUAUUGCAGAGUGUCCAGUCUAAUUUGUUCAUGAACUGAAAGAAAACCAUCGUAUGGUAUCCAGGGAACAAAAAGCAACUAGGUGCAAGAUGGUAGCAAAAGAAGGCAGCCUGGGACCAAACCAGGGUCCAGAACCCUUUCCCAGGGCAUGUCUCAAAAUUCCUUCACUCUUACGGGUCAGGUAUUGAACCUACAGCUAGAGGAAAGCACAAGGCAAGAAGAUAUUGUGGAAAGCUCAAAGCAGCAGCAGACUUGGACUCCACUGAGAAACUGCCUGAGAAGGUGUAGUUCCAACUUGCACCGAAGUCUGGGGUUCCUGAAUUGGUCUCCUGUCUAAACCACAAGGCUAAGAGCCCCAGAUAAUGGUUUUCCUUAGGAACAAUCACCCCAUUUUUCUAGAGCUAGUCCUUGGUUGUGGGAUUACAACAUGGGAACUGUGGAGGACUGAGGACAAUAUACUCCUUUGACCCUGACCAAAACAAUAUGAAUUUUGUGAUCUAAGAAGCUGGGUGGACGUAUGUGGUAGAUCCAGUGGGUUUUUCUACUCUUCCAAAGAGUCCUCCCAGGGGUCUUUAGACCUAAUGACAAAUCAGCCUGAAAGGCUGAGAUCAAGCCCUACCAACAGAGCACUGCAGAGCCUGUGAAAAAGUGAAGUACCAGAUGGAUCCCUGGUCAAUUUUCAUAUUCCUCUCAUCAUCCAUCACAAGAUAUCAGAGGGGACCUAAGGGUUCUGGUGUGGAACAUCCAUGCCCCAGGCACUGUGUACAUGAUCUGAAUGAUAGCUGCAGCCUAGGAUUUCAAUUGAAGUGGGAAAGUAGAGAACAGAUCUUGGGCAACAGUUCCAUCUCAAAAGUCUGAGCCGGCUACAUUUCCCUUGGAGUAGGAGUGAGGGGCAUAAACCAGGGACAUUUUUCCUCACCAGCCUAAUAUAACCAGCUUUUGAAGAUACCCAGCAUACCUCCAAAACUCAGUACCUGCAAAAGGGGCCCAUUCUCUGGGGUCCUUCUGACGUGCCUUGCACAUUUCCACCCUUGUGUUUUUGUUCAAGCUGUUCUCCUAAUCUGGAAGUCCAUUUCCCCUAGCCAAGUCUUCCCAUGCUUGGAGAUCUUGUUCAGCACCACCUCCUUCACUGAGCCUUCUCUGAUCACUCCAUCCCUCUCCCUCCAAUCCUCAAUGCAUAAAUUGUUUCUUAAUGCUUAUCAUUCACAAUUUUUGAUCAAUAGUUCUGUGUUUGUGUGUCCGCCAGAUCUCAAAUGCCCAUUAUAAACACUUGGAGGAUAUGUGCUUCAUCUUAGAACUAUCUGUAUACCACAGAAUAUCUGUCAGAGUGCCAGGCACACAAUUGGUGAUCAAUAAACACUUGAUUGAGUAA